CAAGUGAGGGCUGACUUGACUGCCGUUUCCGAAGCGGCGGCUCACUUGUCCGCGGUCAUAGCGCGAGGGACGUAUCAGUGACAACGAACCGACAGAGAAGUGAACUUCUGGCCCCCGGAAAGUUGAAAACAUGGAGAGCGGCUUGGAAAGGAAGCGCGGGAGACGCAAACUUAUUAUGGCCGUUAUAUUAGCGGUGGUUGUCGUGGUUGUCAUCGCCAUCAUCCUGGCAGUGGUUCUGAGUCGGAGAGACGAUGACUUUAAGCGCGAGUUCAUGGGGAGAUGUCAGAAGUUCAAAGGGGCCAACUGUCAAACCAUAUGGGACGCAUUUCAACAGGCCUACGUUAACAAAGAUCCUUGUGAAGUUCCCACAGAGGCUUACGAUCCCGUCAUUGCUGCAGCUCCUAUGGAAUCUGCCUGCAACAGAUUGAUGUUCUGGAGCAAGACAAAGGAUGUGGUCCAUGAAUUCACUGGAAAGAAGGACUGUUUUAGGACUGUGGAGGACUCCCUGUUGGGAUCGGUUCUGGAUGACCUAGUCUGGUGUGGAAAGAAGGGCAGCAAUGAAACUUUCACCACUGGUUGCCCUGGAUGGAAUGAGUGUGUGAAGAGCCCAGUUCGCUCAUUUUGGAAUAGAAUCUCAGCUGCAUUUGGAGAUUCUGCUUGCGGGAACGUCACCGUGAUGCUAAACGGUUCGCUUGAAACACCGUUUCAUAAUGAAAGUAUAUUUGCCAGCGUUGAGGUGAAGAGGUUUACGUCUUCCAAGGUGAAAGCCCUGAAUGUUGUUCUGGUCACCCAGGAGAACUUUGUGACAAACUGCACAAAUGCAUCUUUACAAAAUUUGAAGAUGGGGCUGGACGAAGGGAUCGGUUACGGGUGCUCAGAAGUGCCUGACUCUCAGCUAGAGGCGUGCGCCUCGGACCCAGAGAAACCCUGUGGCGCCUGCUGGUGACAGUGGGGGGAAAAAAGCCUCGUCAAGCAGUUUAUUAUGUUAUGUUUCAGUUUCUUGUUUUUUUUUUUUUUUUUAACCAAACUUAAAAUCCUAUUUGUGGGUCAGUUCAACACAGAUCAUGUCUUUUUUAUAUUAAAAGGUGUAGCUGGGGAAUAUUUUUUUCAUUAUUUUUAUUAUAACAUGCCCUGUAGUUUUAGAUAAAGGUUCGGCUGUAUGUGUUUAGUUCAUGCACAAUGUGUAACGCGUAAUUGACAUACUAAGUUGUAAAGUAAAGUUAUUGCAUAUUUUUUUAGUAAAUGUAAAUCUGGUGUUUUUAUAAAAACUUUGAGUA